CCCCCCCCCGCCGGAGGUGGGGCGACCCCGCGCGGCGCGUUGGGCGGGAACGGGGCUCCCCUCAGAGCGCCGCCGCCAUGUUGGGGGCUCCCCUCGGGGACCCCGCGGCUCCGCUCAGCAGCCCCCAGGCUCCGGGCCGCGGGCCGCCCCCCGCUGCCCAUGGCCGCGGCGGACCCCCGGGUGCUGGCCGUAGCCGCCCGGGUCGCUGAGAGCAGGGAGCGGGACGUCCCGGCGCUGCUGCUGGCGUUGAAGGAAAUUUUAAAUAGCCCUUCUUUGGGACGUAAGGAAUCCGAAAAAGUUAAGCACGACAUAUACUAUUAUGAUCUGACUCGCUACUGCUUGCUUGUCCUUAGACAAGACUACUCUCGAGUGCGUGGAGGCUGGGCUACUGCUGCCCAGCUAGCAGAGAUACUGAGUCGUUGUUGUGUAGGACUAGAGGUGAAAGAAGAUCCCGAGGAAUUUUACACAAACUUUCUUCCUUCAGCUAUAGACAACCUGCUGUUUUUGGGAAGACGCCUGCAAGCACGAUUUAUCCGAGCAGUCAAGAGUCUUGUUCAGGACACCACAUACACAAUCACUUCUCAGAAAGAUGAAGAAAAACAAGAUUUUUUACACUGUUUCCAAACAGUAACCGAUGCCAUCUGCUGGCUGUUUGGUGGGCAUAUUCAACUAACAAAGCAUGUACUGCAAAACGAUCACUUCCUGCAGUUGCUAGUAACAGACAAUGUUGAAACAGCAGUUAUAAUGAUGUCUGUUUUACAGAGUAUUUUGGGGGUCAAUAGUUCUGUCUUGCUUCAGGUUGAUGAAGAGACCCUUCACUCUGUUUUGGAUGAGCUCGUUUAUAAGCUUUCAUCUACCACCAAUCCUGUCAUAGGGAAUGCUGCUACAAAACUGCUGUUGUUGAUAGCGAAAUUUUGCAAGCAGUUCCUGAAGUUACUCACAACUCGCUAUAAAGGAUUGAAAGUGCUUUUAAGUAAACAGUGGACUGGCAAAGGAUUUGACAGGGAUCUCAGUCAACUUUUGGACUUGCUAUACUUGGAACAAUCCAGUGGAAAAAGGGAAAUGCAGAGACAGCGUCAAGCAGCUUGUAUAAUCCAGGCUGCGUGGAGGGGAUUUCAGACAAGAAAAAGGCUGAAGAAACUACCCCAAGCAGUGACCAUUUUACAGAGGAGCUUCAGAGCUAAACGAGACCAGGAGCGGCAUCAUUUAGAAAAACAGAAGGAAGAUGAAGCCCUAAAGCUGCAAAUGCAACUUCAGAGACAGAGGGCCAUGAGACUCUUCCAUGAAAGACAGCUGGCCUUACUGGAAAUAAUCCAUGCAAGUCAGGUAAAUAAGCACAUGCAGGAAAUGGAGGUAAAGUCAGCAUUAACUAUCCAGAGAUUCUGGAGAGGGUAUAGAGCAAGAAGAAGUUUUCAUCAGCAGAGACAAUCUCUUAAGGAGUAUAAAGCAGCUGUCAUCAUUCAGAGAGCAGCUUGCAAAUUCUUGGAAAAACAAAGAAGUAAAAGACCUCUAUCUCCUUGGAAAGAUCCCAAAGGACUGACUGAUGAGCAGAGACUGGCUUUACAGCAGAAGGUGGAUGACUACAUCAAAUUGCAUCCGGCUUCCCAAAUGUCAGAAGAAAUGAGUAAAGAAUUACAUAUGCAGGCCCAGGAAAAGCUGGCACAGUUCAUGUUGAGGAGCAAAUUGGAUCAGAGAGCAGCGCAGCGGAGAGAGACGUUACUGGCUCAGGUCAACACUGAUGUGGAGCUGCUAAUGAAUGCUCCACGGUUAGCAGAGACCACAGAAAAAGAUCUUGCUGUCUUUAUGAGUCGGUCAGUCCCUGUAGCUACCAAGGCCAAACAGUCCCACAACGCUAUGCUGAAGUAUGCUCGCUGGCCGUGGUGGAAGAAGCUUGGAGAUGAGUUUGUGGAGGAUGAUGUCAUUCCUGACGAUGCCCUGAAUGCAGAACUUGGAAGUCUGUUUAUUGGUGGAAGGAAAUCCUAUUAACUAUUGGUGGAAGCUAAUCCAUUUACAGGCAAAAGUAUCUGUUACUCAUCCAGGUGCAUACCUUGCACUGUGCGUUCACUUGCAUGUGUUUUUAAGGAAAGAAAAUACUUGAAUUCGAAGACAAAGCACUGAAAGAGACCAAGGCCAUAUUUUAGUGCAUUUUACUAACGUUAUUGAGAAUCUUUUCCAGUGAACUUGCAAUAAAAUCCUAUUGAUUGUGCUGUUACAAA